GCCACACCCCGCAGCGCCGGCGAAUUUCCCCUGCAGCCGACAGUUGCUGGGGCAGACGCCUCGGAGAUGCGGGGCCCACGGCUGCUGACCGCCGCCCACCUCCUCUGCGUGUGCGCCUGGGCGCUGGCCGCAGACCCCGGGCCCAGGUAUCUGGUGACUGCCCCUGGAAUCAUCAGGCCUGGGGGAAAUGUGACUAUUGGGGUGGAACUUCUGAAACACAGCCCCUCACAAGUCCUGGUGAAAGCUGAAGUGGUUAAGAUGGCAGCAAACCUCACUACCUCUGUUCUGGAAGCAGAAGAAGUCUUUGAAAAAGGUUCCUUCAAGAUAAUAACUCUGCCAUCAAUACCCUUGAACAGUGGAGAUGACAUGUACGAGCUACGUGUCACUGGACGAACCGAGGAUGAGAUUUUAUUCUCUGAUAGUACACACUUAACGUUUGAGACCAAGAGAAUAUCUGUCUUUAUUCAAACAGACAAGUCCCUGUACAAGCCAAAGCAAGAAGUGAAGUUUCGUGUUGUUACACUCUUGUCAGAUUUUAAGCCUUACAAAACCUCUUUGAAUGUUCUAAUUAAGGACCCCAAGUCCAAUUUGAUACAACAGUGGUUGUCAGAGAAAAGUGAUCUUGGAGUCGUUUCCAAAACCUUUCAGCUGUCUUCCCAUCCAAUACUUGGUGACUGGUCCAUUCAAGUUCAAGUGAAUGACCAGACAUAUUAUCAGUCAUUUCAGGUUUCAGAAUAUGUAUUACCAAAAUUUGAAGUUGCUUUGCAAACACCAUUAUACUGUUCUUUGAAUUCUAAGAGCUUAAAUGGUACUGUCACAGCAAAAUAUACAUAUGGAAAGCCAGUGAAAGGAGAUGUAACACUUACGUUUCUACCUUUAUCCUUUUGGGGAGUGAAGAAAAACAUUACAAAAAAAUUUAAGAUAAAUGGAUCUGCAAACUUCUCUUUUGAUGAUGAAGAGAUGAAAAAAGUAAUGGAUUUUUCAGAUGAUCUUUCUGCACAUAUGCAUAUGUCUUCCCCUGGACCAGUAGAAAUUUUAGCCUCAGUCACAGAAUCACUAACAGGUAUCUCAAGAAAUGCAAGCACCAAUGUAUUUUUCAAGCAGCAUGAUUACAUCAUUGAGUUCUUUGAUUAUACUACAGUCUUGAAGCCUUCUCUCAACUUCACAGCCACUGUGAAAGUGAUUCGCUCUGAUGGCAACCUACUCACUCCUGAAGAAAGAAGAAACAACGUUGUCAUUACAGUGGUAAAGAGAAAUGAUACUCACUACUGGAGCCGAUGGAACAAUGGAAAUCAGGAAGUGGAAGCUCUCCAGACCAUAAAUUACACUGUCCCCCAAAAUGGAAUCUUUAAGAUCGAAUUUCCAGUCCUGGAAGAUUCCAGUGAGCUACUAUUGAAGGCCUCUUUUCUUUCGAGUACAAAUAGCCUGGCAGUUCAUAGCAUGUUUGUGUCUCCUAGUAAAACAUACAUCCAGCUGAAAACAAGAGAUGAAAAUAUAAAGGUGGGAUCACCUUUUCAAUUGGUGGUUGAUGGCAACAAACCAUUAAAGGAGUUAAGCUACAUGGUAAUAUCCAGGGGACAGUUGGUUGCUGCAGGCAAGCAACAUUCAGCAACCUUCUCUUUAACCCCAGAAAAUUCUUGGGCUCCAAAAGCCUGUAUCAUUGUGUAUUAUGUUGAAGAUGAUGGGGAAAUUAUAAAUGAUGUUCUAAAAAUUCCAAUUCAGCUUGUUUUUAAAAAUAAGAUAAAUCUAUUUUGGAGUAAAACUAAUGCUGAACCAUCCGAGAAGGUCUCUCUUAGGAUCUCUGUGACACAACCUGACUCAAUAGUUGGGAUAGUAGCUGUUGACAAAAGUGUGAAUAUGAUGAAUGCCUCAAAUGACAUUACAAUGGAAAAUGUGGUUCAAGAGUUAGAACUUUAUAACACAGGAUAUUAUUUAGGCAUGUUCGUGGAUUCUUCUGCAGUCUUUAAGGAAUGUGGCCUCUGGGUAUUCACCGAUACAAAACCUGUGCAGGAGUCCAUUGAGUUUGCUUAUGACUUGCUUCCUGAGAGGUUUGCAGAGGAAAGUGAAGGGUACCCAGUAGACUUUAAUGACUUGUCUUCAGGGAGCAGUCCACGCAUCAGAAAACAUUUUCCUGAGACUUGGAUUUGGCUGGACACCAAGAUGGGUUCCAGGACUUUGCAAGAUUUUGAAGUUACUGUACCUGACUCUAUCACUUCUUGGCUGGCAACUGCUUUUGUGAUCUCUGAGGACUUAGGUCUUGGACUGACAGCUGCUCCAGUGGAGCUACGAGCCUUCCAACCUUUUUUCAUUAAUUUGAACCUUCCCUACUCAGUUGUAAGAGGUGAAGAAUUUGCUUUGGAAGUAACCAUAUUCAAUUAUUUGAAAGAGGCCACAGAGGUUGAGGUAAUCAUUGAGAAAAGUGACCAAUUUGAUAUCCUGAUGACUUCUAAUGAAAUCAAUGCCACAGGACACCAGCAGACUGUUCUGGUUCCCAGUGAAGAUGGGGCAACUGUUCUUUUCCCAGUUAAGCCAAGACAGCUGGGGGAAAUUCCAUUCACUGUCACAGCUAUUUCCCCUGUUGCUUCUGAUGCUAUCACCCAGAGGAUUUUAGUAAAGGCUGAAGGAAUAGAAAAGUCUUACUCACAAUCCAUUUUAUUAGACUUGGCUGAUAACCAGCAAACUACCACGAAAGCUUUGAGUUUCUCAUUUCCUCCUAAUACAGUGAAUGGUAGUGAAAGAAUUCAGAUCACUGCAAUUGGAGAUGUGCUUGGUUCUUCCAUCAAUGGCUUAGCCUCGCUGAUUAGGAUGCCUUAUGGCUGUGGUGAACAGAACAUGAUAAACUUUGCUCCCAAUAUAUAUAUUUUGGAUUACCUGACUAAAAAGAAACAGUUGACAGAGAAUUUAAAAGAAAAAGCCCUUUCCUUUAUGAGGCAAGGUUACCAGACAGAACUUCUCUAUCAGAGAGAAGAUGGCUCUUUCAGUGCUUUUGGGAAUGAUGACCCCUCUGGGAGCACUUGGUUGUCAGCUUUUGUUUUAAGAUGUUUCCUUGAAGCCGAUCCGUACAUUGAUAUUGAUGAGAAUGUAUUACACAGAACAUAUACUUGGCUCAGAAGACACCAGAAAUCCAGUGGUGAAUAUUGGGAGCCAGGAAGAGUGAUCCAUAGUGAACUUCAGGGUGGCACUAAAAGUCCAGUAACACUAACAGCAUAUAUUGUGACUUCUCUCCUGGGUUAUAAGAAGUAUCAGCCUAAUAUUGAUGUUGAAGACUCUAUCAGCUUCCUGGAAUCUGAAUUCAAUAGAGGAAUUUCAGACAAUUAUACUCUCGCUCUUAUAACUUAUGCACUGUCAUCAGUGAAGAGCCCAAAGGCGAAGGAAGCUUUGAAUUUGCUGACUCAGAGAGCAGAACAAGAAGGAGGCAUGCAGUACUGGGUGUCACCAAUGUCCAGACUUUCUGACUCCUGGCAGCCAAGCUCUCUGGAUAUUGAAACUGCCGCCUAUGUGCUGCUCUCACAUUUUUUGCAGCUUCAGGUUUUGGAGGGAAUUCCGAUUAUGAGGUGGCUAAGCAGUCAGAGAAAUAGCUUGGGAGGUUUUGCGUCUACCCAGGACACUGUUGUGGCCUUGAAGGCCCUGUCUGAAUUUGCAGGCUUAAUGAACGCAGAAAAGACAAAUAUCCAUGUGUCUUUGGCUGGGCCUAGCUCACCGAGUCCUGUGACGUUUCUGAUUGAUGCACAGAAUCGCUUUCUCCUCCAGACAGCAGAGCUUGCUUUGGUACAGCCAACUGCACUUAAUAUUUCCGCAAAUGGUUCUGGAUUUGCAAUUUGUCAGCUCAAUGUUAUUUAUAAUGUAAAAGAUACAGAGUCUUCUAGAAGACGAAGAUCCAUCCAAAAUGAAGAAGCCUUUGAUUUGGAUGUUGCUGUAAAUGAUAAUAAAGAUGAUGCCAAUCAGUUGAAUUUGAACGUGUGUACAAGGUUUUUGGGCCCAUCGAGGAGUGGCAUGGCCCUCAUGGAAGUUAACCUACUCAGUGGUUUUGCUGUGCUGCCAGGUGCAAUUCCUCUGAGUGAGACAGUGAAGAAAGUGGAACAUGAUCAUGGAAAAGUCAACCUGUAUUUGGAUUCUGUAAAUGAAACCCAGUUUUGUGUUGAUAUUCCUGCUGUGAGAAACUUUAAAGUUUCAAAUACUCAAGAUGCUUCAGUGUCCAUAGUGGAGUACUAUGAACCAAGGAGACAAGCGGUGAGAAGUUACAACUCCAAAGCGAAGCUGUCUUCCUGUGACCUUUGUGGAGAUGCUCACGGCUGCAGUCUUUGCGACAACACAGUUUCAGCCUCUUGCUGUCAUUUUUCAGUCAUUUUUGGUUUUGGUUUUAUGCUUCUGUUCUCUUUGCUACAUGGGCUGUAAUUUAUUUUUUUAAGGACUCCAUAUAACAUAUUUCCAGAAGUCACUUGUGUAAACAUUGCAUCUAUUUUGAAAGACACAUUUCGUUUUUCUUUUUAUGGGAUUAAGGGAUGGUAAAUGAUAGGUCCCUGCAGCUGCAGCUGUAUAGAUUUCUUCAUCUGACUUCUGUUUGGGAUCAAAAUCAGAAUCACUGUAGUUGUAUUUCUUAUUUUGCCCUCAAAAUGUUUUAGGAUUUCUGGGGAAGUGUUUAUUUUCUUCAGAAUAAAUGUGUUAUUUUAGAUUA